AUGUCGUCCAAGAUAGAAAAAGCGAUCCAGCGACAACAGCAAAAAAUCGCAGAAGGCCAAUACUACGAAGCACACCAACAGCUCCGCGUCAUCGCCUCGCGCUACACAAAAGCCCAGGACUGGCCCGCCGCAACAGACAUCCUCUACUCGGGCGCGCAAUCACUCCUGCAAGCGGGCCAGGGCGGGUCCGGCGGCGACCUGUGCAUAUUCCUGCUCGAUGUGUUCAACAAGGGCGAGGUCAAGCCCGACGCGAGUAGCAAGGGGAAGCUGCUGAGCCUGCUGCGCGCGUUCCCCAAGGAGGAGCCGACGAAGAAGAAGUUUAUCGGCGAGAUGGUCGCGUGGAGCUCCAAGUUCGGCGAGUAUCCUGCUGGAGAUCCGGAGGUGCAUCAUGUUGCGGGGAGUCUGUUCGCUGAGGACCUCGAGCCCUACGACGCAGAACGCCACCUAACCCUCGGCACACAAGACUCAGCCCUAACCCUCGCCUCCCUAGAAUUCUCCUGGUACACCGCCGACUCGCCCCACACCGCGCCCCUAUACUGCGCCCGCGGCGUCCUCCCCUACCUCCUCACAGGCAACCUCCGCGCAGCGAACAAGUUCUUCCUGCUCUUCACGUCCUCGCUGUCCAAGCUGCCCGCCCUCAACGCACAGCAGGUCUCCACUACCUCCUCCGAUCUGCGCGUAUACCCCUCGCUGCCGCUGCUGAAUUUCCUGGGCCUCUUGUUGCUGAGCGUAGAGAGGGGCGAUCCGAGUUUGUACCGUCAGCUCAAGAGCCAUUAUGCGAGUGAUUUGAAGGAUGUCACUUGGGAUGAGGCGCUGGAUCAGAUUGGGGAGAUGUACUUUGGUAUCAAGAUUCCGAGGCAGGGGAAUCCCAUGUUUGAUAUGCUGGGGAGCAUGUUUGGUGGUGGCAUGGGAGGAGGCGGUGGUGGUGGAGGUGCGAAGAAGUCUGGUGGAAGCAAAGCGCUGCCUGCUUCGGCGGGCUUGGAUUGA